UGGAGGCAGCAGCGGCGGCGGCGGCGGCAGCGGCGCGCUCACACCGCGUAGCUCUCGGCUGGCUGCCGCGGCCGGGGUGCAGGGCUGAGCGAGCGUCCCGGCGCCGCGGCUCCUGAGCGCGGCCAGCGCCGUGCGUCCCCGCCGCCGGCUCAACCCGAGCACUUCUUGGCCAUGGCUCUGGCGGACAGCACUCGAGGAUUACCCAACGGGGGCGGCGGCGGGGGCGGCAGCGGCUCCUCGUCGUCCUCCGCGGAGCCGCCGCUCUUCCCCGACAUCGUGGAGCUGAACGUGGGGGGCCAGGUGUAUGUGACCCGGCGCUGCACCGUGGUGUCGGUGCCCGAGUCCCUGCUCUGGCGGAUGUUCACGCAGCAGCAGCCGCAGGAGCUGGCCCGGGACAGCAAAGGCCGCUUCUUUCUGGACCGGGACGGCUUCCUCUUCCGCUACAUCCUGGAUUACCUGCGGGACUUGCAGCUCGUGCUGCCCGAUUACUUCCCGGAGCGCAGCCGGCUGCAGCGCGAGGCCGAGUACUUCGAGCUGCCCGAGCUGGUGCGCCGCCUCGGGGCGCCCCAGCAACCCGGCCCCGGGCCGCCGCCGCCGCACUCCCGGCGCGGGGUGCACAAGGAGGGCUCCCUGGGCGACGAGCUGCUGCCGCUGGGCUACGGGGAGCCGGAGCCGCAGGAGGGCGCCUCGGCCGGAGCGCCGUCCCCCACGCUGGAGCUGGCCAGCCGCAGCCCGUCCGGGGGCGCGGCGGGCCCGCUGCUCACGCCGUCCCAGUCCUUGGACGGCAGCCGGCGAUCGGGCUACAUCACCAUCGGCUACCGCGGCUCCUACACCAUCGGGCGGGACGCGCAGGCGGACGCCAAGUUCCGGCGGGUGGCGCGCAUCACCGUGUGCGGCAAGACCUCGCUGGCCAAGGAGGUGUUCGGGGACACCCUGAACGAGAGCCGGGACCCCGAUCGGCCCCCCGAGCGCUACACCUCGCGCUAUUACCUCAAGUUCAACUUCCUGGAGCAGGCCUUCGACAAGCUGUCCGAAUCGGGCUUCCACAUGGUGGCGUGCAGCUCCACGGGCACCUGCGCCUUCGCAGGCAGCACCGACCAGAGCGAGGACAAGAUCUGGACCAGCUACACCGAGUACGUCUUCUGCAGGGAGUAGUGAGCGCCCCGGGUCCCCACGCCGCUCCCGCGCCCACUGCCCCGGCUCCACGCGGGGGAGAGGAUGAUCGAUCCCCAGCCCCUGCCCCCUCUCCCCGGUUUCCCCCGUUCCCCGCCCCCCCCCCCCCAUCCCCUCACUAGUUCCUCCAGAACCGUCAGCUCCCCUUCUUCAGACUGCAGCCACACAUCCUCUGGGCUUCUUCGUCCGUGGACCCGGCUAACUAACCAAGAGUAUUGGAACGUGGCCCUCCACCCACGCGCCCUCCACCCCGCGGGGCCGGGGUACUUCCGCGUGGAUCCAAGCGGGCAGCGUGGGCGCAAAAGCACCAAGCACCUGGCAAGGACUGAAUUGUUCAGAGCCUGAUUAGUGUACAGAAGAUUCUCUUCUGAAGUCCUUUGGACUCCUUUCAGGUUUAAGAGAUCAGAACUGAUAACACUGAGGCGGGGAGGGGGUGGUGAGGGGCUUAGGAGGUGGUUAACCUUUCUGAUCUUCAUUCAAGGAGAGUUUUCGCAGACUGAUUGGAAGACUGAUGCUUGAAUUAAGACCCCCGUGGAGGGCAGUGCAGUCAGUGACUGUAAAGUUUCGAAAAGUUACAGUAUUGGACUAGAGCCAGCACUGUGAACGAUCUUAUCCUUUUUUUCCAGCCUGGAAUAAAGCUUUGUCUGUAGCUUAAACUUGCUACUCCCUCCUGUCCAGGGAGGUCUGGGUUGCAUUGAUUAAUACGGCAGCCUUGGAGGUCCAGAGAGAGAAAGGAUGCUGCUGUCUCCCAAGGAGCGAGGCGGCCCAGAUCGCCAGGGGCCGCCAGAAGUCACCUGGCAGUGAUUUCAAUGGAGCUGGGUAGUAGUGCACGUCGUUUGGUGGGCAGUAGGAUGGUACAGCCAAUUAGAUCUAGGACUUGGUUGGGGCGGGGCGGGAGGGAGAAGAGGAGGGAGGAAAGAUGGGGAGGGAACAGUAGACAUAACCCAUGUAUUAUUUGGAAGUUGAAAGUGUGUACCAUCCAUUUGAGUACAUGAGCAUUUAAAUAGCAAAGUUACUGCAAAUUUGCAUUUUAAUCAAUAUUAGUGACAGAUCCCAGUUAAAAAACAGUUUUGAGUCCCUAAACUUUUCUUGUGACUACUUAUAUAACCCAACCAAAGCAUUACUCAGUCAGAUUUUAGUUUUUCAACUUUUACUUUAUUGGCUAUAAAUCCUGAUUUUAGAAUCUGUUAGGUAAGCAGAGUUAGUUCAAUUUUGGUUCUUUAGAAGGAAAAUCUUACUGAAAAAUCCUUAUUGUCUUCAAGCCCAGCAAAUCCUUACUGCUGAGCCGACCUAAAACAAACAACUCCUCCCACACCCCCGCCGCCCAUAAAAGCUAACAAUGUCAUUUCCUUCAUGCAGUUUGACGUUAAAAUGGAUAGAGCUACAUAGAAAUUUAACCACGGAGGGCUGCCCGUCUAUCUAUCUAUAUGUAAAAUGGAACAUUUUUUAAAUGAAGGCAAAAUAAGUACUUAAAUGUGAGCAGAGCAAUAAAAUGGUGUUUUAGGGAAAAGCAACAGAAAUAGGAGACCUGGUUGCCUUAUGCCUUUACUCUCGUGUGGAAUGAACUCCCAGUGUGUACCCUAUGUUCACCAUAAGUGAUGAGGAAUGGCCGAUUCCUCAUGCUUCUUUCUGUGAGGCAUCCUUGGGAAUUCUGCGAUGACGGAGAAGCCUUUCUAUCUCUUCGUUUGUUUUUGCAUCUUUCUCUGAAAUAUGUUUUUAAAGAAUUUGUAAGAGUCGUCUUCAGUGUUUAAAUUAGUGCUAUUUUCUCGUUCGUUUUUAAAACAAAUCUUGUACUGUAUCUUGCUAUGUCCAUGACAGAUUUUAGGAAGUGGGACAGUUUCAUUCAUAGACUCAUGUGAUCUAAGCUGUAUAUACCAUAUAUAAACAUUUUACAUGAAUCAUUUAGUUUUUUAAGUCACUCACUAAUACUAUAACAUUUCCUAUAUAACCUCCCUCUGAAAACUUGCAUUGGCUGGUGUGUAUAUUAAGCUUUUGGUGAGUUUCAUAUAUCCUUGUCUAUGGUGAAUUUGGGCCAGGAAAAAUACAUAAUUGUAAUCCUGAGUUUGCUUUAUACUUUUUUCCCCCUGGAGUAUUGUAUACUAAUAAUAGGGCCAUUAACUGUCUUAUCUAAAAUCAAGGCACCUGCAUUUUUAUUCCGCUAGUAUUUUUUCAUUUUAGUUGGGAAGAAAAGUUUAAGCUCUUUAUUUCAGUUAUUUUUUUAGAAAAGUUAGCUUUAUGUACAAACACUGUAAUUUUAAGGGAAAUAAAUGCAGAAUUCCAGGAGGGUUGUGUUCCUUUAACUUACAAGUCAAGCCUGAAAUGAUUUAGUAUUCUUGUUCACCGGCCUAGAGUGAGUGUCACAUAGGGUGUCUCUCCUAUGGCAUUUUGUUAGAUUGCUCAAUGAAAAAGCAAAUGAUUGUCUUUAGGACAGAUCAGAAACAUUGACAAAUGGCAAGACUUCCCUCCUCAAAUCUGCACAUGUCCAAGAGUUAGGAGGCUAAAAUUUUGUCUCUGCUACUCGUGUUAUGAAUUGUAUUUUGUGUAACUUUGAGCCUAACUAUUCUAUCCUGUAAUAGUCAUCUUUCUACUCCUCCAACCUCUGCCCUUUCCUUCCUGCAUCCCAUAGAUUCCUUUAAAGAAUCUAAUGUUUGGGGCAGCAUAAACUGACUUCUUUUUACAAAUGAUUGUUCUUUCUGCUCUUGAAGUGAACACAUCAGAACUUCCUACUUUAAACCCCACAUAAUGACAAGGCAACUCCUUUUCCAUGGAGAACAGAGUAUAACUGAAUUAAGUUCCCUUGGCCUGGGCCUUUUGGAUCCCUUCCUUUCCAUGUGCAUUUAAGGUCUACAGAAUGAACUGGAGUGUUGGUGAUCAUCUGGGAGCUUGGAUAGGAUGCUUAAUAGGGUCCCAUUGAAUGAGCUCCCCCUAAAGCACCAUUCAAAUAUCAUGGCAGAAUGUGGAAACUAUGCAGAUGAGUAUGACUGCUUUAAUCUGACUCAGAGAAGCAAGCAUUUGCAUACGUUGCGCCAAUUACCAAUUUGAUGUUCAUAAAUAUAACUGAGUGAUGUUAGACAGUUAGUUUUGUAGACAGAAUCAUUGACUGUGGUGAUAAAAAAAGAGCUAUCAUGUUCCAUGUUUUUGCAUCAAGUAUUUAACCUAUGUUUGGUACAUGACUAUGAAUCACAUUCUAAUUUUUUAAAUAAUGUUGAAAGUAUUCCUUGAAGUAUAAGACUAAAGAAUUUUCCCUAACAAUACUAUUUUUAUUUUUGUGUUUCUUAUUUGGAUUUUAAAAAAACAGCAGUGAAUACUUAUAAUACUAGAUAAAAUUGUCUUAGGAAAUUCAUAAUGUGCAAAUAUCAAAUGGGCAGUGCUUGUUGCAUAUUACAGUUUUUAUUGGAAUUUUCCAUGGAAUGUUACUAAAUUAAAGCCAUCUAAGAUGAAGCUUUGAAAAUUUUUCUACUCUUCAAAUUAUGGUAAAUUCCAGCCUAAUAUUAAAAUCAUUUUGUAUUCUUACAAAAAGUGGUAAAUUGUAAUGCAGACAUUUAGCAAAGCUUUGACUGGGGUUGUUGAACUCCUUAGGAAUUUCUUCUGUAAUAUAAAUAGCAAGUACUUUACACAAUUGACUUAAGUUUUUAAAACCUUAAACUGAGUAUUUUUAUUGUAAACCUAUUGGAGUGACUAUUCUGUUUGGGUUUUUCUUCUCUUGUUUUUCCUUAUUAAGAAUCAUUUCAAACCUGAAGUUUAAAAAGAUUAUCCAAUGCUGUCUCUUGAGAAAUGACUUUCCCAAGACCCUUAUACCUGAAACAGGUUUUUCUUAUAGCCAGAAACAAGUUAUGUUGUAGCCAACUUUUCUUUUUAAAUUUUGGGACAGUAAAUAUGUUGAAGUAUUAAAGGAAAAUAAAUAUAUUAAAACUUGAGGAUUUAGAUUCUUUACUGGAGUCUCUAAAACUUAGACUGAAGAAAUUCAAGCACAUAUCUACAUUAGAUUAUAACCUUUCAUGGUAAGAAGAAGGACUAGUUGACCAAGAUUCCUUGCCACUUAAAUACUCUGUGAUUUUUUUUUUUCCAAGCCAAAUUUUUAUUUUAAAAAUCCUAAAUGUGUUUUGAAAUAUGUAGACAUUAAUUGUAAUAUAAAUAAUUGUACAACUGUCUUUGUGAAUUUAUAGUCAGGUACAUUUUGCUACAAAUAUUGAAUAUGAAUAAUGCAAAGUAACUAAUUACCACCAUUACUAACCAUCGAAUGACAAAGGGUUAAGGCAUUUAUAAUGGAUGUGAAUUUUUAACGUGUAAAUUAUAUGUUGUUUAAAUUUUUCUGGGCAUCUGAAAAAUUUUUAUUUGUUAAAUAAUGUAAGAUUCCCACAGCACUAUCUGGGAUUCUGAAACUUGCAAAUGUUAUUUGCUAAGUGAUAGAUAUCACUGAGCCAUUUUCUCAAAACACAAAGAUAGAGGAAAGAUAUCAGACAUUUCUAGUGAAACACAAAGGCAAGAAGAUACUCCCUAUUAUAAACAAAAAACAUGGUGAUGAAGUCUUUUCAUAGGUGCCUAAACAGUGAGAAUUCCUUUAGCCAUAUAAAUGCUCUAGUUUUGCUCUCCCUGUUCACAACUGGUUGUACAAGAGAAAUAUUCAAUACUGUUUCCCUCCCUGUGUGUGAAGUAAUGAAUCAUUGAUUAUGUGACUCAUUAUGUAUUCUAUUAAACACUAAAAAAAUAAAACAUCACUCCUUUAAUAAUU